CGGAUGCGAGAGAUGAAGAAUAAGGCGGUCUUCCUGACAGUUGCGGAAAAGUGCAAGAACAUAUUGGCUGCAAACUGGCAAGGCCGUCUUAAUACCAUCAAAGCUGACGCUAAAGGAAGCAAGGAGGAAAUUCACACUUCAAAGGUUAAGUACCUGUUCAAGAAGGGGAAGCCGUACAUUUGGAUACCAGAAAACGAUUUGCACAAUGUGAACACUAUUAUUGAUGAACGUGGCUCUCUUGCCGUGACCAACCCCAUCCCGGGUCCUCUAGGAAGCUUGCUGAGAUCUAUAAGACAGUUGCCAGCCCGGGUUGCUUUGACUGUGGAUGUGGUACCUCUUAAAGAUGAAAAGGCUCAGUUUGCUACCGAAAGUUUAAGAGAAACUAUAUUGUCGGAAUGGAAAGCAGUCAGUCAUGCCAGUUAUUCGGUUUCUGGUAUAUUGAGUUCUUCCAGUCUCAGUUGUACAUCUCGAAGUGAAAACCUUCAGGAUGUACUUGAUGGAAGUGAACCGUAUGUCGUUUAUAAGUUAAAUAUACGAUCAUGUACCUACAUUGAUGGCAAUGCAAGCAUACAUGAAGUUGAAUGGGAUGAUAUUCAAGUAUCUAAGGCUGAUCCCUUAUCGCCAUUUUCUGAAAAGAUAAUUGAUGGAAUCAAUCAAAGUCAGGCGAGGCGUAGAGCACUGAUGCUUUUCUGUUUUGUAUACUUGAAUGUAAAUGCAAGGGAAGCAUUUAUGCUGUCUAUCGACAGGAGAGGAUUUGAUGUGCUGGCUAAGGUUCCCAGUCUAAUGGCAAAAGAUGGCUUUGUUGAACACCAAUGGAAGGAGUUCAGGUUCACGUUCAAGGAAGAUGCAUGUGAUGUAGAGGCAUUCUGCCGUCUAUUGGUUGAAAUGGAAGAGGAAGCUCUCAAGAAUGUUUCAAGUUAUAGUGGUCUGGGAUGAAGCAGACCCCGAGAUGUGUAAACACUGCAUCCGUGAUCCAGUUAUUAACAUCACAUCGAAUCAGGAUGCUGG